CAGACUCCCUCCCCUCUCUACAACACACAUACCUCUCCCUAGCUUACAGCUAGUCUGACAGACCGAAGAGGGUUGUGCAAACAAAACAAAAUACCAGCAAUGUGCCAGCACCAGCUGCAGACAGCAAGAUACCGUCUGUGCCGGUAAAAUACCAGCCAGGAUGUGCACCCUACACAGCAGCACAGCAAAGUGAGUUCACAACACACACAGUCACCAAAGGCAACACGUAAUGUGGGAGGAGGAGCUCGCACGUUCUGUUCUACUGGUCGUUCAGAGCUUUCAGUCUGCUUGCGCCGGCGGCGGCAGCAGCAGCUUGGCUGGCAGUGAGGAGAUUUCAGUUCGGUGCCGAUGAGGAUUAUACCCCUUAGUAUAUUUACUUGGUUUUUCUGUUUCACGUCGGAUGUGAGGUCUUCUUCACUAGUAAGUGACAGCCACGGCUGUAGGUGAUCAGCUUUGUAGUGGGGGAGAAAAGUGAGAAGGAAACUUCCCCGGAGACAGCAGUACCUGUUUUCUGCCCAUCUGCACCACCACUGUUUGGGAUAUAUUGAAGAUCUUGCUUAUUUAUUUUGCUGCGGGGGGGCUUGCCAGACUGUGCCACCUGACAGAUCUCUUGCAUUGUGUCACUGAGCCUCAGGAUGUGAGUGUGAUAUUCCCCUCCCCCCCAUCCUGCAUCUUUUGCAUUCAGUUCAUCCCUUUGCAGACCCUUCACACAAUGAGGUUUCUCAUCUUUUUGUAAGAAGGCUUCAUAAACAUUAGAACAACUAGAAGGUUUCACUGACAGAUACCUUCCACUGCACUGGUGAUUACAGUAUCUGUAAAGAAGAAGAAAAAGCACACAAUACUGGAUAAUGGAUAUGUCAGAAGGGCUACGGUUUACUUGCUGGCACUUUGCCCAGUAAUAGACAUGACUAUAAAAUUAAUUAAAUUAGAUCAUGAUUGUUUAUUUCAUGCAAAUCUGCUGAUUAUAAUGAAUACCAGUGUCUUUUUUUGUUUGUUUUUUCCUUAGUACUUUUUGCUAACUGCUCAAAGAUCAUUACAGACAAUUGAUAUAAGGAUUUAUGGUAAUGAAGGGACAUCUUAACCAAUAAGUAACCAAUAAGGGAUUAUUAACAAUAUUAUUGCACUUUAAAGAUUUAAUUCUGCCAAAGGAUUAUUUUACUAAUACAUUAUCAGAGAUUGAAGAUGAUUCCAAGGCUAUCACUGCAGUAUCUGAACUGUUUUCCUAUACUGGUCCUGUUGCCCUAUUCCUUGGCCCUUAGUGGGAUAGAUAACAGCAAUAUGGAAGCUAUCAGUGCUUUGGUGAAUGUGACCAUUCUUGACCCUGGCAGCAAUACCAUACACCUGAGAAUCGAUGAGGGUCGAUAUGGUGUGGACUCCCCAAAAACAGAAGCUAAAGGGAUUGUCCUAACACCAGUGCCUGUUCAUGGAGCGGCUGAUGGGCUAGGCUGUGAUCCUCAAACACGUUUCCAUGUCCCACCAAACACAAAGCAUUGGAUUGCAUUGCUGCGACGAGGGAACUGCACAUUCAAGGAAAAGAUCCUGCGAGCUGCAUCCCACAAUGCCACAGCUGUCGUAAUCUACAAUAACAAUUCUAAAGAGGAAACUGUGUCUAUGACUCACCCAGGAACAGGAGACAUAGUUUCGAUAAUGAUAACCGAAGCAAAAGGUCGAGAAAUCUUAACCUACGUGGAAAGAAACAUUUCUGUGCUUAUGGCCAUAGCAGUUGGGUCACGUGGUCAAACUAAGAACUUUAGCCGAGGCUCCUUGGUGUUUGUAUCCAUCUCGUUCAUUGUUCUGAUGAUCAUUUCGUCAGCAUGGUUAAUAUUUUAUUUUAUCCAGAAGAUCAGAUAUACAAGUGCUCGCGACCGGAAUCAGCGUCGUCUUGGAGAUGCUGCUAAGAAGGCUAUUGGCAAACUGACAACAAGGACAGUCAAGAAGGGUGAUAAGGAAACCGACCCAGACUUUGAUCAUUGUGCUGUGUGUAUUGAGAGCUACAAGCAGAAUGACAUUGUUCGUGUCCUUCCCUGCAAGCAUGUUUUUCACAAAGUGUGUGUGGAUCCGUGGCUCAGCGAACACUGUACAUGUCCAAUGUGCAAACUGAAUAUUUUGAAGGCUUUGGGAAUUGUGGCAAAUGUACCCUGCACUGAAAAUGUAGCUUUUGACAUGGAGAGACUCACCAGAGGGCAGCCAGCCAACCGUCGCUCUGCACCCAGUGACCCAACUGAUGACGGUUCUCUAAUUCUGGAAUCUUUACGUUCAUCUGGAAUUUCCCAGCUUCCUCAUGAUGGAGAAAUAACUCCCAGGACAGGAGAGAUCAACAUAGCUGUGACAAGUAGUCUCUUCUUCCAUCGUAACUCACUAUCCCCACGGAGUCUGGGAUAUGAGACCGAAUUGUCCACUAUAGAACCUUCGCUUGAUAUCUAUGACGAGAACAAAACCUGAGUCCUCUCAUUGGCCUUCCACUGCCCCACUUGUGCUACUUUAUACCCUUCUACUCAACCAACCCGCCCAUCAGUACAUUAACAACUUGUAGUGCCCUAUUGUCUGUACUCUGUCUGAAGUGAAGAGCUCUGCAGAGUAACAAAGCACAGCAUACCCAUCCGCUUUGCCAGAGGAAUGUACAGAUGCAAAUGGACUUGGGAGCACAAGAGGUUUUUUUUAUAACUUGGUGUAAGGAAUAGGAGGUUGUCCAGAAAUUAAAUGCUCCUCUUUAACACUUGCAGAAAAAUACAUCAAAUUCAACAGGAAUUGUAUGUCCACUUCUCAUUAGGCAUCUGACAAUACAUUUUUUAGCAAUGGAGAUAUGAAAUGGAACUUUGAAAAACUUUGAACCAGAAUCUACAAAGAUAACAUUUCACAAUGACCACGGAUAAAUGUUAGUGACCAUUGCAUAGAUCUGAUUGCAGGUCUACCCCAAAUGUUGCUGUGCUUCAGCCUAUUCUUGAAUAGAACAGACUGUGUUGUUGAAGAUUUUUACCGAAGAAAUAUAGCUUCUACCCUCACCUUGUGCUGUUCUGUCAUUGUAUUUGUGGCUGUUUUUGUCACGUGGUGUAUAAAGAGUAUGGAUAUGGGGUCUUUAUAUUUACCACCAUAAAUAUGCGCUUAUACAUUUGACUUGCUUGCUGCUGUAGCAGCGUGAAGAAGCACCACAGCAGAUAAGGUGCCUCCAUUGCGGACUCCACUUCAAAAUUGGAGCAACCACUGAAUAGAGUAUAACAAGUUCAUCAGGAAUUCACUGAUGUCAUCGCUAUAACCUACAGUUGAUUAUGCAGUAUGGAAACCUUAGGCUGCAAAUUAAGAAUAUAAAUAUAUUUCUUGCAGUGUUUAGAAUUUGACUGUACAACUUGAUAAUAAUAAACCAAUUUGUAUGUAUGUUAGCUACAUGAGGUUGUAAAAUUCUAGACUCUUAGCUCAUAGUCAAUAGACAUAAGAGUUAAUUUUUCCCAUUAGAUGCUAAAGAACUCCGGGUAAGAGAGAAAUUAUUAUUCUUACAUAUUUGAGUUUUGAGCUGAAAAUAUGAUAUAAAAAAAAAAAGUUUCUUGCUUGUGAGUGCUCCAUUAUUAUGACCACAUCUGCUUUGGAGAAUUCUGUGACUUAUCAUGUGGAUCUCUGGACAACAUUGUGAUAUUAUAGUGUGGCUGCCGUGCAGUAACCAGAGUUACGUGUUUUUAUCCCUUUCAUAGGCAAAGCUCAGCUUUAAGCAGCUCUGCUUAACCAGCAAGAAAUCAAGAAGCUCAAAUAAUUGAAAGGUUUCAUUGUGGCUCCUGAAAAGGGGAUAUUUUCACAGCUCACCGUAACUGUGAAAUUGGUUACCACUGUGAAAAAGAUACAGACCCAAAUAAUUGCAGGGUUGUGUUUUUCAGUUGAGCGCUGCUUUGCAGGAAUCACAAAUAAGGUGUCCAAUACUAUACAGUGCUUCUAGAAAACUGACGGAGGGAGGUGGAAAGGAGCCAUUUGGAACAGCAAGGAUGUCUGCCACUGACUUUGUAAAAAUAUUUGCCAGUUAAAGUAGCAGUCCCAUUUAAAAACACAGACUGAAAAUGCAAUUAAUAGAAAGAGAGUUCAGUGUAUUAGAAUUACUCUCCACCUUUAACCAUUCAUUUUACAAUUCAAGAUCAGACUUUUAAAGAAAGGGUCUCUUAAAGGGACACUGAACCCAUUUUUUUUCUUUUGUAAUUCAGAAAGAGCAUGCAAUUUUAAGCAACUUUCUAAUUUACUCCUAUUAUCAAUUUUUCUUCGUUCUCUUGCUAUCAUUAUUUGAAAAAGAAGGCAUCUAAGCUUUUUUUUUGGUUUCAGUACUCUGGACAGCACUUUUUUAUUGGUGGAUGAAUUUAUCCACCAAUCAGCAAGGACAACCCAGGUUGUUCACCAAAAAUGGGCCGGCAUCUAAACUUACAUUCUUGCAUUUCAAAUAAAGAUACCAAGAGAAUUAAGAAAAUUUGAUAAUAGGAGUAAAUUAGAAAGCUGCUUAAAAUUUCAUGCUCAAUCUUAAUCACGAAAGAAAAUUUUUGGGUACAGUGUCCCUUUAAACUUGCAUUCUGAUAUGCUUUGAGUCGUUAGAGCAUGUAAUUUAUGCAUUACUGACUCUAGCUCAAUCUAAAGAGUUCAAAUCAUAGGUAAUGUCCUGCUUGUGUUUUCCAAGCUGGAAACAGUAAAUCAGCUAAUCAAAAGUGACAGAAGCAUGUAACCACCAAUCAUCUGCUGUUUUCUGUUUGGGAGCUGCAAUGCUUUUAACUUGCAACUUUACCUAUGUGUUUAAACCCUUUGCAUGUGUUAAAUGCAUAAAAAGCUUGAGUAAGAAGUACAAAAUGUACUUGCUCUAAAGUAGUAAAACAUGUAUUUUUACAUUAGAAAUCCCCUGUAAGGAUACAAUGGGAAAAAAAUGUAUAUUAAACACAAAUUGUUUUUUUUAAUAUCACAUUUUAUUUAGUAAUUUCCCAUUCUGUAUAGUAUCUCUUAAAGUGAAUGUAAAUUGUCAUAUAUUAGUACCCGCUUUUUAAAAACAGGGGCACUUUCAUUCAUGAAACUUUACAUUACAGCGUAGUUUUACAAAUACUUACCUUUCUCUUGAGCAAAGCCGGAUCGCCUAUCCCCCGCUUGCUGCGGUACUUACACAGCAACGAGGAAACCGGCUUCCUCCAAUCACGGUGUGGCCUCACGAGAUAGACGCUCUGGGGAGGGGGAGCCAUGAUUGGAGGAAGCCGGUUUUGUCAUUGGUGACGUAAGUACAGAGGAACUGCGGGCGGGGGAUCGGCAAUCGGCUUUGCUCAAGAGAAAGGUAAGUAUUUUUAAAAAUAUGCUGCAACGUAAACUUUCAUGACUGAAAGUGCCCCUGUUUUUAAAGUUUUUUUCUAAAAACCGGGCACUAAUUCAUGAAAGUUUACAUUCACUUUAAUAACUAUUGUCUGCUAUUCAGAUAUUUCAAUUUAAGCAAAAUCUAAUUCAAGUAAAGUUGUAUUCAUAUGUGACCUGAACAUAUUCUCUGUGACAUCAUUUUAUUUGUUUUAGAACACACCCAAUAUAGGAUCGGACUGAUAAUGGGACAGGUUUGCAGAAGACCUUUAUUUUGUAGCAUAUACUUAAAGGGACUGCUGCUUUACAGAAAACAAAAUGGCAACCUGGAUUUAUAUGUGCAAAACAUUGCUGAAUAAAGCAUACAACCAAUUCAAAUAAACACAUUAAAACUA